GCAGAAGCCGCUCAAAGAAAGGGCCCGGGUGGAGGAGGGAAAAAAGGGUCCUACAUUAAAAAGGAGCCGGUUGGAAACACCAACUUCCCAUUUUAAAAAAACCCAAACAAGAAAGGAUGACAAUUCAAAGAAAGGACCUUGAAGCAAAGAAGGGCCAACAGACAUAAGAGGCCUGGUUUUUUUUAUUCCUCCUCCUCUUCCUCUCUCCUCGUAGCGUGCCUUCUUCUCCUUCUUGGGUGGCCUUCCUCUCUUCCUGGUGAGUCCUUUCUUAUUCGCAGGCCUUCUCCAUAUAGGACCGAAAAGCAAAUGGUAAUGAUUUUUUUGUAUAAAAGGUAAAGGUUUCCCCUUGACAUUAAGUCUAGUCGUAUUUGACUCUGGGGGGUUGGUGCUCGUCUCCAUUUCUAAGCUGAAGAGCCGGCGUUGUCCAUAGACAUCUAGGUCAUGUAGCCGGCAUGACUGCAUGGAGCGCAUUUACCUUCCUGCCGGAGCAGUACAUAUUGAUCUACUCACAUUUGCAUGUUUUCGAACUGUUAGGUUACCAGAAGCUGGAGCUAACAGCGGGAGCUCACCCUGCUUCCUAGAUUCGAACCGCCAAUCUUUUGGUCAGCAAGUUCAGCAGCUCAGCGGUUUAAUCUGCUGCGCCAUCGGGGGUUCCGAGGUUUUUGUAUACACAUUUUAAAAGCUGAUAGCUCAAUUAAUGCUUUGUUUUCUUCCCCCCUCCAAGUUAAACCCAUUGGAAUUAAUAAUGGAAGCCAGACUAAGCUUUGAACAAAGGAAAUUCAUUUUAAAAAUGCUUCUGGAAGCGUGAAAAUUUAGGUCCGUUCUGCACUGCCACAUAAUCCAGAUUAUCAAAGUGAAUAGUCCAGUAGUUCAAACAUGAAGAGACCCAACUCAUCCGGACCUGAAGCAGGCGGGGUCUGUGAGAGCAGUGGGUCAUCCUGGGGGAAAACUACACAUAAGUUCCCGAGUGUGGAUCUUUAUAGCUCAGACAUGCAGCGCCAGUUCUUUAGACAGCUUUCCUACCAAGAGGGCGAGGGACCCAGAGAGGUUUGCAGCCGUCUCCACGAUCUCUGCCGCCAGUGGCUGAAGCCAGAGCAACACACCAAGGCUGAGAUGCUGGACCUGGUGAUCCUGGAGCAGUUCCUGAGCCUCCUGCCCCCAGAGAUGGGGAGCUGGGUCCGAGAGUGUGGGGCAGAGACCUCUUCCCAGGCGGUGGCCCUGGCGGAAGGCUUCCUCCUGAGUCGGGCAGAGAACAAGAGGCAGGAAGAACAGGAAGUUCAGUUAGUCCUCGCUGCAUCAGACACUACUCAAAGUCUCCAGCAGAAAAAGCUGAAGCAAGAGUGCGAUGGGGCUUUGGUUUUGCAUGGGGAUGGAAAGACAAUGACAGCAAAUCCUCAGCUGUCUCUUCCUUUUUCUGCUGGAAUGGAAUCGACUGAGGAUCUUUUCACCUUUGAGGACGUGGCUGUCCAUUUCUCCCCGACUGAGUGGGCUCUUCUGGAUCCCGAUCAGAGAAUCCUGCACACGCAGAUCAUGGAGGAGACUCGUGGGAUUGUGGCCUCUCUUGCGGUUAACUGGCAGAGGAGCAAUGCCAAGCACAUGAAGCAUUUUGGGCACAAAGAGGAUCUUACCAGACACACAGAAGUCCACACAGAAGAGGAAAGUUCUGCCAGAGAGAGGCCCUUCAAAUGCAAUGUAUGUGGGAAAUGUUUUGCCCAAAAGAUGGCACUUGUGCUUCACAAGGCGCUGCAUGUUGGGAAAAAUGAUUUUAAAAGUAAAGCAUCAGGGAAAGGUGUUGAUUACAAAUUGUCAAAUCUGAGCCAACAAGAAAUCUUUGAAGGAAUUGAAGAUUUUGUAUGCCACGAGUGUGGAAAACAUUUUGCUUACAGAUCAGUAUUAAUGAUUCAUCAAAGAAUUCACACAGGAGAGAAACCAUAUAAGUGUGAUGAGUGUGGCAAAUGCUUCACUCAAAGUUCAUCUUUUUUGUGCCACAAGAGGCUUCACACCGGAGAAAAACCAUUCCGAUGCCAAGAGUGUGGCAAAUGUUUUGCUCAGAGUUCGUAUCUUAUGACCCACCAGCGAGUCCACACAGGAGAGAAACCAUACAAAUGCCAGGAGUGUGGCAAAUGCUUUGUCCGGGGUUCAUACCUUGUGAGCCACCAGAGACUGCACACAGGAGAAAGACCAUACCAAUGCCAGGAGUGCGGGAAAUGUUUUGCGCGCAGACCAGCCUUAGUAAAUCACGAGAGACUCCACACAACAAAGAAACCGUUACAGUGUCAAGAUGAUGGAAAACGUCUUGUGCAAAAGCCAUCUCUUGUGACUCAUGACAGACUCCACAUAGGAGAGAAACUAUACAAAUGCCAGGAAUGUGGGAAGUGUUUUGCUCAGAGUUCAUCCCUUGUGAGCCACCAGAGAGUCCACACAGGCGAGAAACCAUACAGAUGCCCAGAUUGUGGGAAAUGUUUUGCUCACAGUUCACACUUGGUGAGGCACAAGAGACUUCACACAGGAGAGAAACCGUACAAAUGCCAGGAGUGUGGGACAUGUUUUGUUCAGAAUGCACACCUUCUAUGCCACCAGAGAAUCCACACAAGAGAGAAACCGUACAAAUGCCAGGAGUGUGGGAAAUGUUUUGCUCAGAAUGUACACCUUCUAUGCCACCAGAGAAUCCACACAGGCGAGAGACCAUAAAGAGACCACACAGGAGAAAAAGUAUAGAAAUGCCAGCAUUGUGGAAAAUGUUUUGCUCAGGAAUUGUACCUUGUGUUUUGAAUAGGGAUUACAUGUGCAUGAGAAAACAUGCAAGGAAAAUCACUGUCAAGUAUGUCAAAAAUGUUUUCCUCAAAAGUAAUCCUUGUGAAAUAGACUUCACACAACAAACAAAUCAUCCAAAGGUCAGAAGUCUUUUAAUGAUAGUUCAUGAUUGUGUGAAGCACGAAAGACUCCAUCAAGGAGAGAAACCAUACAGUUACCUGUCAUGUCAGAAAUGUUUUUGUUCUUUUAAAAAUGCAAGCCUUUCAAUGCACCAUGGAGUCUGCUUAGAAGAGAAACAGCAUUAGUGCCAGGAUUCUGCUCAGAUUUUAAUUAUUUUUUACCAAAAUAAAAUCCACAUAGUAGAGAAAUUAUAAGUGCUCAUAGCUCUUAUCUUGUGAAGUAGAAAGAGAGACCACAAGGUUAAAAACAUUUAGAACCCACUGGUAUCAGCGAAAUGCUUCCACACCAUUGUUUUAGAUUCAUUAAAGAGUUGGGUCAUGAAUAAUGUAUGACUAGAACUCAAUGGUCAUCUAAUCUUAUCUUGUACUAUUGUAGUGAUCUACUGCUAAGAUGUUCAGUGUGUUCAUCUAACCUCUUGGUGAAAAAUCCAGUGGUAGAGAAGGCAGGGCCUUCUAAAUAAGACUAUUCCAUGUAGCCAAUGGUUCUUAGCAAUGAUAACUUUUUGCCUCCAGAGAAGAUUAGCAUUGGAGGAGAGUAUCAAAUAGCUUUGUUGUUGCAGAACCUCACAAAAGAAUAGGGGGAGAAGGCCCAAAUAUUAUGCAGCAAUAGAAGAGAAUGAAAAAUGAGUUGAUAUUCUAGUAUGGUUUGAAUUGUAAGAGGUGCUUUGAAUGCAAUUUUCCUGCUUCUUAGCAGGAGGUUGGACUGGAUGGCCCAUGAGGCCUCUUCCAACUCUAUGAUUCUAGGUGGAGAAAUCCUUUAUUUCGUUAAUGGAUUUACGCAGUAUCUGACUCUUGAGUUCAAAAGGAAGAUAUGUUACAUGCACCCGUUCGUGUCUUCCUGUGUAAUGUGCAUUUUGAGUUAUUCCAAUUUUCUUGUCUGUUUAUUUCAUUUUUAAUUUUGUUUUGCAUAUUUUUGUAGAAUGUACAAUUUUCUGUAUUAGUAUUCAAAUUUCUAUAGGCUAAGUGAUAAUUUGAUCUGUUGUGCAAAACUUAAGCCCCUGCACCCUGUAUACUAGAGAAAUAAGUGUGUCUGUGUAGAGUAAAAAUCCAAACUUAUAAUAAAUGCAAGCUUACCAACGUCUGUGUGUGUUCAUGGGAAUCUGCCUCCUCUUCUUGUUUCCCACAUGUUUCUCUUCACUUCAGUAUCUCUCUUCAUUUGCCCAAGUGAAACAGUCACUUGAAUAGGAAAAAGAGCUGGGAUUUCCAGGGUAAAUGUGCGAUGCCACGUCCUCUGGGUUCAUGGCAGGUAGCCCCAUUCAGCAACUGCAGCAGGGGUGCCCCAUCCCCUGAGAUACUCCCUAUUUUUCCACUUUUGCAAGGGAACUGUGCACAAAAGUGGAGGGACAACUGUAUAUUCUACUUUGUCCAUUUUAAUAAAAUAGUAUGAAAACAUACAAGGGAGAAUGAUCCCUCUCCCUCGUGGAAAUAUCCUGACAUUCCAAUACGUAAGCGUGCUCAAAUGGAGUGUUGAUGCUAAAUCUGCUUUUCGGACUGCACUGUAGUGGUGUGUGUGUGUGGGGGGGGGGGGGGUAUUUUAACUCCAGCAAAGGGUUUUCUGAAAACCAGAAGUAAAGAAGAAUAACAACUUUACUGUCAUUGUACAUUGUACAAUUAAAUUAAAUGCUUUCCCCAGUACACAUCACAAAAACACACCACCCACCACACCACACUCCAACCACCACUGCACAGCUCCCAAUGCCACAUCAAUGCGAAACCAUGGAGUCCAAUAUAGUUACAGCUCUAGGAUGAAAGCUAUCUCUCUGUCUGUUUGUCCUUGUCUUUGUCACCGUGUACCAUGACAAAGCUGUAAUGGCUUCCAGUGACAUCUUGUUUUAACCUAAAACAACCUAAGCCUAAAAUGUCCCAAGAGGCUUAAAAACUAGAUAGGUAAUAUUGUGUGUAUAUGGGCAUGUUCAACUACUCCUAGUCCUUUACAUUGUUGAUGAUACAGUGUUGGUAUACAGUGUUCCCUCACUUAUUGCGGGUGUGACGUUCCAGGACCACCCGCAAUAAGUGAAAAUCUGCAAAGUAGGGACACUAUAUUUAUUUUAAUAUUUAUACAUUCUUUUAGUAGUUAUACACUAUUUCAAGUCUUUAUCAACCAAUCGUGUGUUGAUAAAUUGCCUCCUUCUCCUCUCGUUGCCGCUUGGGCUCCUUUUCUUUCCCUUUGGCUUCUCCUUCCUCCCUGUAAAUUGUAAUUUUUUUAUGAUUUAUAAAAGUCUUUUAGAGUUUAUUGAAAAACUGCAAAACAGCAAAUCCGUGAAAAGUGAACUGCGAAGUAGUGAGGGAACAUUGUACUGGCAAUGGAGAAAGGUAUUCCCUGUUGGAUAUCUCAGUUUGUAUUGAUAUGCAAUGUAGUCCAACUGGUUUCACUGAUUGGAAACCUACCCACCAUGUGGUUCAUGUCAUGGGCGAUCACAGUUGUGGAUGAGUGUGGUUGCUGCAGUUUGACACCAUGCUAACUGCCAUAGUUCACUGUUCAAAGAGUUGUAGAAUCAAAAUGCAGCAGAAUUGCCCAAACACGAAUCAAGGAACAUGAAAGGCACUGCAGACUAACUCAACCAGAGAAGUCAGCCAUAGCAGAGCACUGGAUGAACCAACCUGGACACAGCAUAUUAUUUGAAAACACAGACAUGCUGGACCACUCUGACGACUGUUAUCGACCGCGUUUGGGGGAUCGGGCCCCUUUAGAAGGAAGCCGAUCCGGUCCUGAGGGAACGGACCUUGGCGAAGCCAAAAGAAGAAUAUAAGCCGCAAUACAACCUGAAGCCUGAAAUGAAGAGGGUCCGCCAAGUUGAAGGAAAAUCCGCCAAGGAGUUUUUAUUUAGCAAUUCAGCUGAAAAGGACGCUAAUAGCGAUCAUUCAAUCUACUAGCGUAACAUAUGUUUCAAAUAAAGCCAUAUUUAUACAAUG